UCAGGACGUGCUUCAUGUCAAGGCCUAUUAGCUCAGUUGGUUAGAGCGUCGUGCUAAUAACGCGAAGGUCGCGGGUUCGAUCCCCUCAUGGGCCAUUUUUCUUUUUAUAUUUAAUAUCAAAUCGACUAAAAAUAUGAUCAAAAGAUAUAAUUUCAAUUUUUCAUUUCUUUAACAAUUUACGUGAUUAAUGUGACAUACAAUUAUGCAUUAUACAUUCCAUACACGCAAGCACAUACAUUCCACUCCAGCCACGCAAUGACUGAUAAGGAUAUAUAUCAAACUUGCCUUCGGGCCGCUACCGCGCCCCUUGAUACAUGCAUGACCUUUUGACAUUGGUUAGCGAUUGCUAGAGAAUUACGAAUGGAAAAUAUAGCAUAUAGAUUAAAUCAUAUUGUUUUAACAACGGGAAUUAAGACUAGUUAACCUAGUCUCUCCUAUCUAGAAAAAGCAUCAUGUACCGAACGAAAACACCUAUUUUGUUAUUUCAUCCACUCGCUGUGCACAUACGUCAUUUGCACAAGGAAAACUCAAAAGUUGUAAUUACCAGAAUCGAUAAAAUUCUAAUUGCAAACAGAGGGGAGAUUGCAUGUCGUAUUUCAAGAACUGCUAAACUCUUGGGCAUAAGAACUGUAGCAGUAUAUAGUGAAGUGGACAAAAAUGCUCUGCACGUAGAGCAAGCAGAUGAGGCGUACUGCAUUGGUCCUGCACCCUCCAGCCAGAGCUAUUUAAGACAGGAUAAAAUUAUAUCCAUAGCAAAAAAAUCAAAGUGUCAGGCUAUACAUCCUGGAUAUGGAUUUCUUUCAGAGAAUACGGAAUUUGCGGAGCUCUGCCAAAAGGAAAACAUUAUUUUUAUUGGACCUCCGGCGAGCGCAAUACACAGCAUGGGUAUUAAAAAUACUUCAAAGAAUAUCAUGAUGGAAGCUGGAGUUCCUGUUAUAGCUGGAUACCACGGAGAAGAUCAAUCGAAUAAAACUUUGAUACAAGAAGCUAAGAAAAUUGGUUUCCCUUUAAUGAUAAAAGCUGUACGCGGCGGAGGAGGCAAAGGGAUGAGAAUCAUUUCGAAAGAAUCGGAAUUCGUUGAAGGUUUAGAAUCUGCGAGGACCGAAUCUAUAAAAGCAUUCGGCGAUUCGACAGUUCUGCUUGAACAGUAUAUCUGUGAUCCCAGACAUAUUGAAGUGCAAGUAUUUGCGGACAAGCAUGGAAAUGUUGUCCACAUGUUCGAGAGAGAUUGUUCUGUUCAAAGACGGCAUCAGAAGAUCAUCGAAGAAGCUCCCGCCCCCGGUAUUUCAGCAAAUUUAAGGUCGAAUUUAGGCAUGACAGCGGUGCAAGCGGCAAAAGCUGUAGGAUACGUUGGCGCCGGUACCGUCGAAUUUAUAAUGGAUCGUGAUCAAAACAAGUUUUACUUCAUGGAAAUGAAUACGCGUCUUCAAGUAGAACAUCCCAUCACAGAGGCAAUCACCGGAUUAGAUUUGGUAGAGUGGCAGUUACGAGUGGCAGCUGGAAACGAACUUCCAUUAACACAAAGUAAUAUUAAUCAUCGAGGACAUGCUUUUGAAGCGAGAAUAUACGCUGAGAAUCCCAAAAAAGAUUUCCUACCAGGAGCGGGGAAACUAUCGUAUCUGAGAACACCGAAAAUUACCAGUGAUGCUAUCAGAGUCGAAACUGGAGUUCGUGAAAAAGACGAAGUUUCCAUACAUUAUGAUCCAAUGAUCGCGAAACUGGCCAUCUGGGGUAAAGAUCGAGAAGAAGCGUUAGCUGUACUUCGGUCAAAGUUGAAUGAAUAUAAUAUAGCAGGACUCGAUACUAACAUAGAAUUUCUUAAGAGCUUAUGUUCUCAUCCUGAUUUUCGUCAGGGUCAAGUACACACAGGAUUCAUUGAUGAACAUUAUGAAAAGUUAUUUCCAAAAUUACAAAUACCGAGCGAAGUUGCAGCUCAGGCUGCACUUGCCUUGAUACUUUAUGAAGACACGCAAUCUCUACGGUCUUCCCUUGCAACGAAUGAUCCUUUGAGCCCUUUCGCAACGGAAAUUGGCUUCCGAUUGAAUCAUAGUUUAACGAGUACUUACUCCUUCAAUGUUUGCGACAGCAAGAUCAAGGUCGAAGUAAAAUACAUCGAACCGGAAGUUUAUACUAUGAGAAUCAAUGAGAUUGGUCAAUGGCGAAAAGUAUCGGGUAUAUUAAAGAAAAAGGAAGAUACCUUGGAAUUAUGUGCUGAAAUCGAUGAGACGAUUACGAGGUCAAAAGUACAUAAGAUUCGAGACAAAUUAUACUUAUUUACCAAGGAUUGUGGGUGGCAAUUUAAUAUAUCUCGUAUGAAAUUUGACGACUCUGUGGAUAAUGAUACCAAGAGUGACCCCAGCAAAGCUUUGAGUCCUAUGCCUGGUUGCAUAGAUAAAUUAUUUGUCGCAAAAGGAGAUGUAGUAAAAAAUGGAGACCCGUUACUUGUAAUUAAUGCCAUGAAGAUGGAACACAUUAUCAGAGCAUCCACAAAUGGCAGAGUGGAUAAUAUAUUAUGCUCAAUAGGUGAUAAUGUACCAAAGGAUAAGGUUCUCAUUCAGCUAGCUGCAUCUACAGGAUCUACAGAUGUGAAAAAUCAAGAAACAAAGAUAUCAAAUUGAUGUCUUUCAUAUAAUUCCAAGCUAUUUAUCUAUUUUAUAUUCGAAUUGUACAUAUAUAAACUAUUUUUAUAUUUGCAUUUA